AUGUUAUUUGCUUUCUUGUUUGUUACUCUAUGCUCUUCUCUCACGUCUUGCAACGAAGUCUACGCAGAUCCAAGUUCUUCUUCUUCCUCCACUUCUUCUUCUUCUUCUUCUUCUUCUUCUGCUGCUGCUGCUUAUUAUUAUUAUUAUUAUUAUUAUUAUUAUUAUUGUAGCUAUAUUUCCUCUUUUUCAUCAGUAAAUCGGUUACUCCUUUUCUUCACUUCCUUUUCUCUUCUUUCGAACUACCUAUUCAGCAAGUUCUUCAUCUUCCUCCACUCUUCUUCUUCUUCUUCUUCUUCUUCUUCUUCUUCUUUUAUUAUUAUUUUUUUAUUAUUAUUAUUAUUAUUGUAUUUUCCUCUUUUCAUCAGUAAAUCGGUUCUUCCUUUUCUCUUCUUUCGAACUACCUAUUCAGCAAGUUCUUCUUCUUCCUCCACUUCUUCUUCUUCUUCUUCUUCUUCUUCUUCUGCUGCUGCUGCUGCUUAUUAUUAUUAUUAUUAUUAUUGUAGCUAUAUUUCCUCUUUUUCAUCAGUAAAUCGGUUACUCCUUUUCUUCACUUCCUUUUCUCUUCUUUCGAACUACCUAUUCAGCAAUAAAUCGUUUACUCCUUUUCUUCUUCCUUUUCUCUUCUUUCGAACUACCUAUUCAGCAAGUUCUUCUUCUUCCUCCACUUCUUCUUCUUCUUCUUCUUCUUCUUCUUCUUCUGCUGCUGCUGCUUAUUAUUAUUAUUAUUAUUAUUAUUGUAGCUAUAUUUCCUCUUUUUCAUCACAAGUUCUUCUUCUUCCUCCACUUCUUCUUCUUCUUCUUCUUCUUCUUCUUCUGCUGCUGCUGCUUAUCUUAUUAAUUAUUAUUAUUAUUAUUGGCUAUAUUUCCUCUUUUUCAUCAGUAAAUCAGUUUUUUCUUCACUUCCUUUUCUCUUCUUUUCGAACUACCUAUUCAGCAAGUUCUUCUUCUUCCUCCACUUCUUCUUCUUCUUCUUCUUCUUCUUCUUCUGCUGCUGCUUCAAGUUCUUCUUCUUCCUCCACUUCUUCUUCUUCUUCUUCUUCUUCUUCUGCUGCUGCUGCUUAUUAUUAUUAUUAUUAUUAUUAUUAUUAUUGUAGCUAUAUUUCCUCUUUUUCAUCAGUAAAUCGGUUACUCCUUUUCUUCACUUCCUUUUCUCUUCUUUCGAACUACCUAUUCAGCAAUAAAUCGGUUACUCCUUUUCUUCACUUCCUUUUCUCUUCUUUCGACUACCUAUUCAACAAGUUCUUCUUCUUCCUCCUUCUUCUUCUUCUUCUUCUUCUUCUUCUUCUUCUGCUGCUGCUGCUGCUUAUUAUUAUUAUUAUUAUUAUUGCUUUAUAUUUCCUCUUUUCAUCAGUAAAUCAGUUUUUAAAGCACUUCCUUUUUCUUCUUUCGAACUACCUAUUCAACAUGUUCUUCUUCUUCCUCCACUUCUUCUUCUUCUUCUUCUUCUUCUUCUUCUUCUGCUUCUGCUGCUGCUUAUUAUUAUUAUUGUUGUUAUUAUUAAGCUUCUAUUUCCUCUUUUUCAUCAGUAAAUCAGUUAUUUUCUUCACUUUCUUUUCUCUUCUUUCGAACUACCUUGUCAGCAAGUUCUUCUUCUUCCUCCUUCUUCUUUUCUUCUUCUUCUUCUUCUGCUGCUGCUGCUUAAAAAAAACCAUUAUUGUUAUUAUUGUAGCUUACUUCCUUUUUCUUCAGUUCCUUUUCUUCUUCUUUUCUCUUUUUCAAACUACCUAUUCAAAGUUCUUCUUCUUCCUCCACUUCUUCUUCUUCUUCUUCUUCUUCUUCUUCUGCUGCUGCUGCUUGUUAUUAUUAUUAUUAUUAUUAUUUCCUUGUAGCUAUAUUUCCUCUUUUUCAUCAACUAUAAAUCAGUUUACUCCUUUUCUUCACUUCCUUUUCUCUUUUUUUUACGUAACUACCUAUUCAGCAAGUUCUUCUUCUUCCUCCUUCUUCUUCCUCCACUUCUUCUUCUUCUUCUUCUUCUUCUUCUUCUUCUUCUUCUUCUUCUUCUGCUCUUUUUAUCAAUUCUUCUUCUUCCCUCCACUUCUUCUUCUUCUCUUUUUCUUCUUCUGCUGCUGCUGCAUUAUUUUAUUAUCCUUUUCUUCAUUUCCUCUUUUUCUCUUCUUUUGCGUUUUUCUUCUACCUUUUCUCUUCUUUCAACUACCUAUUCAGCAAGUCUUCUUCCUCCACUUCUUCUUCUUCUUCUUCUUCUUCUUCUUCUGCUGCUGCUGCUGCUUAUUAUUAUUAUUAUUAUUAUUAUUAUAUAUUUCCUUAUUCAUCAUUUUCUUCUUCCUCCUUCUUCUUCUUCUUCUUUUCUUCUUCUGGGCUGCUUAUUUUGAAAAUUAUUAUUACCUAUUUGUUUCAGUUUUUUUCAUCAAUUCUUCCUUUUCUUCACUUCCUUUUUCUUCUUUCGAACUACCUAUUCAGCAAAGUUCUUCUUCUUCCUCCACUUCUUCUUCUUCUUCUUCUUCUUCUUCUGCUGCUGCUUAUUAUUAUUAUUAUUAUUAUUUAAAUCAGUUACUCCUUUUCUUCACUUCCUUUUUCUUCUUUCUGAACUACCUAUUCAGCAAGUUCUUCUUCUUCCUCCACUUCUUCUUCUUCUUCUUCUUCUUCUUCUUCUUCUGCUGCUGCUGCUUUCUUCUUAUUAUUAUUAUUAUUAUUAUUAUUGUAGCUAUAUUUCCUCUUUUUUCAUCAGUAAAUCACAAGUUCUUCUUCUUCCUCCACUUCUUCUUCUUCUUCUUCUUCUUCUUCUUCUGCUGCUUUAUUAUUAUUAUUAUUAUUAUUAUUAUUAUUGCUAUAUAUUUCCUCUUUUUCAUCAGUAAAUCAGUUUACCUUUUCUUCACUUCCUUUUUCUUCUUUCAAACUACCUAUUCAGCAAGUUCUUCUUCUUCCUCCACUUCUUCUUCUUCUUCUUCUUCUUCUUCUGCUGCUGCUUUCUUCUUCUUCCUCCUUUUCUUCUUCUUCCUUUUCUCUUCUUUCGAACUUAUUAUUCAAAAGUUCUUCUUCUUCCUCCACUUCUUCUUCUUUUCUUCUUUUCUUUUCCCAACUACUUCUUCUUCCUCCACUUCUUCUUCUUCUUCUGCUUCUUCUGCUAUUAUUAUUAUUAUUAUUAUUAUUAUUGUAGCUAUAUUUCCUCUUUUCAUCAGUAAAUCAGUUACUCCUUUUCUUCACUUCCUUUUCUCUUCUUUCGAACUACCUAUUCAACAAGUUCUUCUUCUUCCUCCAAAUUCUUCUUCUUCUUCUUCUUCUUCUUCUGCUGCUGCUGCUGCUUCUGAUUAUUAUUAUUAUUAUUGUAUUAUUGUAGCUAUAUUUCCUCUUUUCAUCAGUAAAUCGGUUACUCCUUUUCUUCACUUCCUUUUCUCUUCUUUUCGAACUACCUAUUCAGCAAGUUCUUCUUCUUCCUCCACUUCUUCUUCUUCUUCUUCUUCUUCUUCUGCUGCUGCUGCUUAUUAUUAUUAUUAUUAUUAUUAUUAUUGUUGCUAUAUUUCCUCUUUUUCAUCAUUCUUCUUCUUCCUCCUCAGACUUCUUCUUCUUCUUCUUCUUCUGCUGCUGCUGCUUCUUUUCAUUAUUUCUUCUUUUCCUCUUUUUUCAUCAGUAAAUCAGUUUACUCCUUUUCUUCUUCUUCCUUUUCUCUUCUUUCUCCUGCUACCUAUUCAGCAAGUUCUUCUUUUUCAUCUCCACUUUUUCUUCUUCUUCUUCUUCUUCUUCUUCUUCUUCUGCUGCUGCUGCUGCUUUGCUAAAAUUAUUAUUAUUAUUAUUAUUGUAUUAUAUUUCCUCUUUUUCAUCAGUAAAUCAGUUUACUCCUUUUCUUCACUUCCUUUUCUCUUCUUUUUCGAACUACCUAUUCAGCAAGUUCUUCUUCUUCCUCCACUUCUUCUUCUUCUUCUUCUUCUUCUUCUUCUUCUUCUGCUGCUGUUUCUUCUUAUUAUUAUUUUUAUUAUUAUUAUUGUAGCUUAUAUUUCCUCUUUUUCAUCAGUAAAUCAGUUACUCCUUUUCUUCACUUCCUUUUCUCUUCUUUCGAACUACCUAUUCAAAAGUUUUCUUCUUCCUCCACUUCUUCUUCUUCUUCUUCUUCUUCUUCUUUCUUCUUCUUCCUCCACUUCUUCUUCUUCUUCUUCUUCUUCUUCUUCUGCUGCUGCUGCUUAUUAUUAUUAUUAUUAUUAUUAUUAUUGUAGCUAUAUUUCCUCUUUUUCAUCAGUAAAUCAGUUUCCUCCUUUUCUUCACUUCCUUCUCUUCUUUCGAACUACCUAUUCAGCAAUUUCUUCUUCUUCUUCUCCUUCUUCUUCUUCUUCUUCUUCUUCUCUUCUUUCUGAACUUCCUUUUUUCUUCUUCCUUCUUUAUUUUCUUUCUUCCUUUUUCCUCUUUUUCAUCACUUCUUCUUUUUUCCUUUUCUUCUUCUUUUCUUCUUUCGAACUUCUUUUUUUCAGCAUUUUCUUCUUCUUUAUUUCUUCUUCUUCUUCAAUAAAUCUUUUUCUUCUUCUUCUUUUCUUUUCUUUCUUCAGUCUUCUUCUUCCUUUUCUUUUCUUCAUCUUCUUCUCUUCUUCUUUUCUUCUUCUUUUUUUAUUUUUCUUUUCUCUUUCAUUUCUUCUCUUCAAUCAAGUUCUUCUUCUUCUUUCUUUUUCUUCUUCUUCUUCUUCUUCUUCUUCUUCUUCUUCUUCCUUGCUUCUUCUUCUUCUUCUUUUCUUCUUUUGUUGUUAUUCCCUAUUAUUUUCAUCUUCUUCCUCGGUUUCUUCCUUUUUCCUUUCUUUUCUCUUCUUUUCCUUCUUUCCUUUCUAUUCAGCAGUUCUUCUUCUUCCUUUUCUUUUUCUUCUUCUUCUUCUUCUUCUGCUCUUUCUUUUUUCUUCUUAUUCCUAUUAUUAUUAUUCAAGUUCUUCUUCUUCCUUCUUCUUCUUCUUCUUCUUCUUUUCUUCUUCUUUUCUUUUCUUCUUCUUUAUUUCUUCUUCCUUAUCCUUUUUCUUCUUUUUCAUCAGUUUUUACUUUUCUUCACUUCCUUUCUUUCUUUUCUUCUUCCAAAUUCUUCUUCUUCCUUUCUUCUUCUUCUUCUUCUUCUUCUUCUUCUUCUUCUGCUGCUGCUUCUGCUUUCUUUUAUUAAUCUUAUUAUUAUUAUUUCUUCUAUCUUCCUCUUUUUCAUCAGUAAAUCUUCCUUUACUCCUUUUCUUCACUUCCUUUUCUCUUCUUUCGAACUACCUAUUCAGCAAGUUCUUCUUCUUCCUCCUUCUUCUUCUUCUUCUUCUUCUCUUCUUCUUCUGCUGCUGCUGCUGCUUAUUAUUUAUUAUUAUUAUUAUUGUUUAUUUCCUCUUUUUCAUCAGUAAAUCUUACUCCUUUUCUUCAUCUCUUCUUUCUUUUUCUACCUUUCAACAAGUUCUUCUUCUUCUCCUCUUCUUCUUCUUCUUCUUCUUCCUUUUCUUCUUCUUUCUUUUUUCUUCCUUAUUAUUUCUUAUUUCAUUUCUUCUUACCUCCUCUUUUUUCUCAGUAAAUCUUCUUCUUCCUUUUUUCUUCUUUUCUUUUCUUUCUUUCUUCUUCCAAGUUCUUCUUCCUCCUUCCUUUUCUUCUUCUUCUUUUCUUCUUCUUCUUCUUUUUUCUUCUUCUUCUUUUUCUUCUGCUGCCUUAUUAUUAUUAUUAUUAUUAUUUUCUUCCUUUUUUCAUUUCUUUUUCAUCAGUUCUUCCUUUUUCUCUUCUUUUCUUUUCCUUUUCUCUUCUUUUCGAACUUUCCUAUUCAUCAGUUUUUCUUCUUCCUCCACUUCUUCUUCUUCUUCUUCUUCUUCUUCUUUUCUUUCUUCUUCUUCUUAUUUCUUCUUCCCCUUCUUAUUAUUGUGGCUUCCUCCUUUUUUUCUUCUUCUUCUUUCUCUUUCUUCUCCUUUUCUUCUUCCUUUUCUCUUCUUUCGAACUACCUAUUCAUCAGUAAGUUCUUCUUCUUCCUCCACUUCUUUCUUUUUCUUCUUCUUCUUCUUCUUCUGCUGCUUUUUUAUUCUUCUUCCUUAUUAUUAUUCCUUAUUUUACUUCUUUUCCUCUUUUUCUUCUUCAAAUCUUUUUUUUCUUCUUCCUUUCUCUUCUUCUUCUUCUACCUAUUCAGCAAGUUCUUCUUCUUCCUUCUUCUUCUUCUUCUUCUUCUUCUUCUUCUUCUUCUUCUGCUUUCUUUUUCCUUAUUAUUUUUCCUCUUUUUUUUUUUUUUCUUCUUCCUCUUUUUUUCAACUCAGUUCUUUCUUCUUCUUCCUCCUUUUUCUUCACUUCCUUUUCUCUUCUUUCAGACUACCUAUUCAGCAAGUUCUUCUUCUUCCUCCACUUCUUCUUCUUCUUCUUCUUCUUCUUCUUCUUCUGCUGCUGCUGCUGCUUAUUAUUAUUAUUAUUAUUUUUAUUGUAGCUAUAUUUCCUCUUUUCAUCAGUAAAUCAGUUUACUCCUUUUCUUCACUUCCUUUUCUCUUCUUUCGAACUACCUAUUCAGCAAGUUCUUCUUCUUCCUCCACUUCUUCUUCUUCUUCUUCUUCUUCUUCUGCUGCUGCUGCUUAUUAUUAUUAUUAUUAUUAUAUAUUUCCUUUUUUCAUCAUUCUUCUUCUUCCACUCCACUUCUUCUUCUUCUUCUUCUUCUUCUUCCUUUCUUCUUCUUCUUCUUCUUCUUCUUCUAUUAUUAUUAUUAUUAUUAUUCAAGUUCUUCUUCUUCCUCCACUUCUUCUUCUUCUUCUUCUUCUUCUGCUGCUGCUGCUUAUUAUUAUUAUUAUUAUUAUUAUUAUUAUUGUAGCUAUAUUUCCUCUUUUCAUCAGUAAAUCAGUUUACUUCUUUCUUCACUUCCUUUUUCUCUUCUUUCGAACUACCUAUUCAACAAGUUCUUCUUCUUCCUCCACUUCUUCUUCUUCUUCUUCUUCUUCUUCUUCUGCUGCUGCUGCUGCUUAUUAUUAUUAUUAUUAUUAUUAUUUAUUGCUAUAUUUCCUCUUUUCAUCAGUAAAUCAGUUUACUCCUUUUCUUCUUCCUUUUCUCUUCUUUCGAACUACCUAUUCAGCAAGUUCUUCUUCUUCCUCCACUUCUUCUUCUUCUUCUUCUUCUUCUUCUUCUUCUUCUUCUGCUGCUGCUGCUGCUGCUUAUUAUUAUUAUUAUUAUUAUUAUUGUAGCUAUAUUUCCUCUUUUUCAUCAGUAAAUCGGUUACUCCUUUUCUUCACUUCCUUUUCUCUUCUUUCGAACUACCUAUUCAGCAAGUUCUUCUUCUUCCUCCACUUCUUCUUCUUCUUCUUCUUCUUCUGCUGCUGCUGCUUAUUAUUAUUAUUAUUAUUCUAUUCUUUCUCUUUUCCUUCAUUAAAUCUCUUCUUUUUCUUCUUCUUGCCCUUCUUCUUGCCCUUCUUAUUCAAGAUAUUCUUCUUCUUUUCCUUCAUUAAGUCACGUCUUCUUUUUCUUCUUCUUCUAUUCUCCCCCUUUUUCUUCAUUAAUUCGAUUUUCUUCUUCUUCUUCUUCUUCUUCUUCUUCUUCUUCUUCUUCUUCCAUAUUUUCUUUUUAGAAGUUUUUUUCACUUCAUUAUGUAUUUUCUUCUUUUCUUUUUUUUCCUUCUCAUUCUCAUUCUUAUAUCUUCUUUUUUUUCUUCAUUACGUCGCUUCUUUUUUCUUCUUCUCGUACUUCUUUUAUUCUAAAAAUCUUUCUCUUUUUCAUUUCAUUUUGUCUUCUUCAUAUUUCUCUUCAGAAUUUUUCUCCUUCUUCUUCUUCUUCUUCUUCUUCUUCUUUUUCUUCUUAAACUUCUUCUUCUUUUCUUCUUCUUUCUAUACUUCUUCUUUUUCUUCUUCUUCUUUUUUUUCUUCUUCUUCUUCUUUUUUCUUCUUCUUCUUCUUUUUUCUUCUUCUUUUUCUUCUUUUCUUCUUCUUCUUUUCUUCUUCUUCUUCUUCUUCUUUUUUUCUUCUUCUUUUCUUCUUCUUCUUCUUCUUCUUUUUUCUUCUUCUUCUUUUCUUCUUUUCUUCUUUUUUUUCUUCUUCUUUUUUUUCUUCUUUUUCUCUUUUCUUUUCUUUUUUCUUCUUUUCUUCUUCUUUUUCUUCUUUUUCUUCUUCUUCUUUUCUUUUCUUCUUCUUUCUUCUUCAUUUUAUUCUUCUUCUUCUUUUUCUUCUUCUUUUUUUCUUCUUCUUCUUCUUCUUUUUCUUCUUCUUCUUUUUCUUCUUUUCUUUUCUUCUUUUUUUAAGAAAAGGGAAGAAAAGGACACUUUUUCUUCUUCUUCUUCUUUUUCUUCUUUUUCUUCUUCUUCUUCUUAUCUCCCUCUUAUUCAACCUCUUCUUUUCAUGUUUUCUUCUUCUUUGUCCUAAACUCUGUCCGUCUGUCUGUCUCUUUUUAAACCAGAUCUUUCUUCUUCUUCUUCUUCUUCUUCUUCUUCUUCUUCUUCUUCCCUUCAUUAUCCUUGCUAUGUUACUUCAUUUUAUUUUAUGUUUACUUCUUCCACGUCUCUUUUUCUUCGAAUCUUCGAUUUCGUCUUUAAAAUCUUUUAUUUCAUUUUCUUCUACACUCCUACUCCCCACUUCCACAUGUUCUUUCUCACUUUUUUCUUUCUCACUUUUUAUUUUACACUACCCCAACCCGUAA